AUGAGGAAAGGGGAUUCCCAUCCUGCAGAUAAAACUGCGAAGAUGAAGGGAUCUAUGAAUGAAAAACAGAAUGAAAAGAAUACCAUGACUCGCUCUGAUCCAUGGAGUAGUUGUUACAGUUCAUUUUCUUCUUACUAUAUAUCUGGAAGAAUGUAUGAUCAAGAAAGAAAACCAUUUAUCCCUCAAGUAGAGAAUGGUGAUGAAAUUGAAGAGGUAGGGCUAGAUGAUAGUGAAAAAGGGCUUGGAAAUAGUACCUCUACCUGGAAUGAGAGUCUUUUAGCGUUAUCUUUCGUGAAUACAUCUGAUCUUGGGCAAAAGUCCACCAGUAUGGAAGGUUUUUCAAUCUCUUCAAAAUCUACGGAUGAGCCAUUAGAGCUUCCCUCUUUUGGAAUCCGUGACGUUGGUGGGGAGUUGUUGUUUCCAAUGCGAGAGACUUCUGGAGUUGAGGGAGGAAAACGUAUUGUGAGGCGUGAUUCUGAAAAUCAAAUACCUUCUAUGCAGGAAAGCUCCUUGUUGAUGAUGUCUAUCAUCGAUCUUGCUUCGGAUCAUUCACCUGUAAAACUCGCCCGACAAGUAAAGUCUUCCCAAGAGGUAGGAAAACAGCAGCAGCAGCAUCAGCAGCAAGAACCAUUGCAACACUUGGGUGUCGAAAAGGUUUUAAAAAGAACGACUCUUAAAUUGAAUUUACAUCCUUCAGAGAGACGAAGUACUGAGGGUUUUUCCUAUUUGGAUGAUUCCUUUGGUAAUCACCUAGAAGCAAGUCUACUCAGUAACUCUGAGUCUCUAAAUGCAUCACCGGUGCCUUCAAUCGCAGUUAUUUCAAGUUGGUCUUUGGAAAAUUUGGGUAAUAAACAUUCCUCACCUAAAACUUCGGUAUUUGCUCCUAAGGGGAGUGGUGAUAAGGUGUGGCGGAGUGAAGAUAGGAAUAAUAACGAGAGAUUAUCAAAGGAACACGUUAAUAGAAAGAAAAAUAGUACAUCCUCACCUCGUGAAAUUCCCUACAGUUUUCCUUGGGAUAUGAAUCGUGUAAACGUUGCUCUCAUAAUGCCCAAGGCACAAACAGAUGACACAUCAUGUUUUAAUAUUUUACCAGGAAAUAAAGUAGUGGAACUUUUGACUCCUUCAACUUCUUCUUCCUCCAUAGAAAUGAAUCAUGUGGAAGAGAAAAGGAGUAAGAAUGAAAAGGGACAAGCAUUGGAAAGAUUUGAGUUUGACGAGAUUAUUCCAGCUUCCCUUGGGCAAAGGGUAGAGUUUAAGAAGUGUAAUAGCUUUAGUAAACUUUUGGAGUUAUUUCUCUCAGGGUACAAAACUGCGUUGGUCGUAGGUUCCAACCUCUCACCACAAACUAUUGCAGAAGAUUUUAUAUUGUAUGCUAUUCAAAGUUCUCUAACAGAAAUUCUGAAAAAAAAGAGGGAGAAGUUAAUCGCUUCAUUUGAUAUUACACUUCGUAUCUCCGCUAUAAAACCUUCUGAGAACAAAGUCUGUGAUCUCACUAGUUCCACUGAUGAGUUUCAAGAUAUUAUUAUUGGUCAAAGUCCUCUUGGUUCUUUUCCACUCGGUAUGAACGAAAUAGAUUUGCAAUCCCGGCUCUCCACCUAUGUGGCUGAUAUUCGGCACGCAUUUGAUCGUCGCCGAAGUCUCCUUGGUGACUCUAGUCUUGUUUUUGCUACUCUUCUACUGAAACAACUACAGAAGACCUCCAGAGUCUCUGUUUUGCUCUCCUCCAUGCGAUUUAUUCUCUUGAGUGAUCCUGUUUUACUCCUAAAGGGUGGAUCCGCUACCAACACCGCCUCUCACAUUGUCCAGAGUGUUCUCAGUGGUGGGGAGUGUGCGACACUUCUCGUUGGUUGCCUCGACACCUCCCAGCGAUACCGCGAGUGGAUAACACUUAUCGCCAUGCAGCGAAACUGUAAACUGCAAUCCCCACGGCGUCUCACACUGAAUGAUUUAUUGAGCGACGCCGCCCCACCACCACCACCACCACCACCACUGUCGCCCUACGCAACAGUGGCAAUCGCGAAUAAAUGUGAUAGACCGCGGUCCGCAGAAUCGGGUGGCCACGGGAGUAAGGAAGGUGUGAACAACCCGUUUGGAAGUCGCAUCAGACGACGCAGCAGUGUUGUUAUCUCAGAACCUAGUAGUAGUAAUAGUAGUAGUACUAGUAGUCCUGUGAUGGGGAAGCCAUUAGCGAAAAAAGUUCGGUCGGUCGGAGAAAAAAAAAAAAGAGAAGUGAAAAGUCAAGAAAAAGGAAAAGGAGGAGGAAGUAGAGAGUAUUAUAGUCCUAAUAGAACUAUACCUCUCAUGCAGACUGAGGAAGAACUUGCAAGUCGUCAGAUACCCCAAGGAGAUGAAAAUGAUAGUAUAGACGAUCAUCAUAGACCGUUGAGACGCCAACGACGUCAGCAACAUCGAGUACAAGCACUCUCUAUGGUUUUUCCUGCUUUUGUAGUGACUUCAGGAGAAGUUACACCUGUGCAAUCUCGCGUUUCAGAAUCUUCAAUAUCGAAAGACAAAACCUCCAAUACUGUCAUGGGAGCUCCAAAUAAGUUAGGGGGUCAAAAAGGUCAUCCUGAGGAAUCUGAAAACACACCAGGGCGUGAAGAUAGUGUUAUGUCUCUAGCUAGGGUUUCAUGGGGUAGAGUCUAUCGCAGGAGAAACCAUGUAAGCUUUUCUGAAUGA